AUGCCCACCCAACGAGAUGCCGACUUCAUCAUCUCUGCAGGACGUACAGCCGCGUUUCUCCAAUUUUUCACACUUCCCUACCGCGACCUAUUCAGCGGUAAUACGCGUCCGUGUUCUUCGCUUUCUGCCCUGCCUGAUCAAUCAGAUCACCCUGUUCUCCUGGCUAGGACUCUCUUGUACCUCGCCAACGGUCUUCAGAAUCUUCAUCCGUCUACUCCGAAUACGCAUCUUCUUAAUCUUGACCGGCCAUUGGAGGCCAUGAUCGGGUUCAUCCACGCGGCUUCACUGGUCACCAAGGACGACGAGCUCAUGUGUUCCUUGGAGGGUCUCGAAUGCCUGAUCCUCGAAGCUGUGUUUUACACCAAUGCGGGUAACCUCCGCCAGGCCUGGCUAAUCAUCAAGCGAGCGAUCGGGCAUGCCCAGCUCUUGGGGCUCCAUCGUAAUCAGCCUAAGAGCUAUGCCAUCCUCGACCCGACGUCGAAGGCAUCGCCCUCCAUCAUGUGGCAUAGGAUUGUUAGUCAAGAUAGAUACUUGUCGCUCAUGCUAGGUCUCCCUGCUAACACAGCGAGCUCUGCAUCCCCUGAAGUAGCUUUCGUGCCAGGGGAGUGCCCUAGCGGGUAUCUUGAGCGCUCCCACUCCAUAUUAAUGGGGCGCAUAGCUGUCAGGAAUGACGAGGAUCAAGGUAUACAUGACCUCUCCAUCACCCAAAGCAUUGAUCGAACAAUUCAGGGAGCGGCCCAAAGCAUGCCUCCCGAGUGGUGGUUUCUGCCUAACACCAGAAACAAGCACAUGUCUGUUAAGCCGGAUGGCUCACAAACCCUGGAGGGCAUCCUGCGUGUGCUUCUUCAAAUCACACACUUCAACCUCCUUAUCCUUCUCCAUCUUCCAUGCAUGCUUCGAUCAUCUGGCGAAAGCCUCUACAACUACAGCAAGGUCGCAUGCGUGAAUGCCAGCAGAGAGCUUCUGAGCCGCUACGUCAAGUUCCGAUGCAUGAACCACAAUGCCUUUUGUUGUAGGAGCAUCGACUUCUCAGCUUUCACAGCCUGCCUGGCUCUUGUGCUAGCGCACAUUGAGAGAUGGCAACGGGGGACAGAGGCGGUAGACUUCCUGGCCCAUCAACGGUUGAGCGAUCGGGCUAUAGUCGAAGAAGCUGUCGAGCUCUUCUUGGAGGUGAAUGGAUCAAGCAACGAUGGCUUGCUGGAACACACUGCUUCUAUACUGAGGUCCUUGCUGGACAUGGAGGCUGAUGCUGCCGCUCAAGCGACUUCCCCAGUUGAUCUCAUCGCUGCAGAGACUCAUCACUCGCGUCGCUGUCUAUAUCUCAAGAUACCGUACUUCGGAGCCUUGACUAUCACUCGUCAUGGGAUGUCUUCAAAAUCAGCAUCGGUCGCCUCCUCACAUUUGACCCCCUACGCAACAGAUAGAGAUUUAGGGAACACCGAUUUUCGCAUAGUCCAUCAACAAUACUUCCUAUCCGACGGCCCCUGGUCGCUUGAGCCCGCAUUUCUCCCCAAUGACUCCGAGCAAAGCACCCUGUGCACAGGUCUGCCUGCCAAUCCAGAGGAGUGGUUGCUGUACCCCCACGACGGUGGUCAUAUUGGCGAGGAUACCACCUGUCCGCCCGCAGAAGUUCCCACAGAUAUACCAGAGGUAUUGGCGUAUUCUUGGCCGUAG